AUGUGUGUAAGUUUUGGCGACUGCGACUUUGAGAAAGGGCUGUGCUCUCUGUCCCAGAGCACCGAUGACGAGUUAGACUGGGAACGACGCCAGGCGAAAGGCGAAAAUGAGUUCUACUCGACCCUGCCGUCACGUGACCACACCAUGGGCAAACCCGGCGGCUCCUACUUGGCGAUCCGCUCGCCAAUUUUCCCGCUCUUUUCCCGGAAAGCCCGCCUGGAAACUCCCAUCAUACCCGGCGGCCGGAAGUGCCUGACGUUCUACUACUGGAUCAAGACCGAAUAUCUGGCGGAUAGGAAGCCCUUGAAGAACGAACUGAACGUUUACGUCAUGUACGAAAGCGUGCUUGAGGAUCCCGUCUGGAGCAUUAGAGACGGGGACCUGUGGAGCAAGGCACAAGUCACGAUCAAAGCAGAGAGAGACUUCCAGAUCCUGUUUGAAGGGACGGUGAAGUUGGAUGCUAAAGGCACCAUCGCCAUUGAUGACAUCAGCCUGGCCGAGGGAGAGUGUGACGAGGACUGUUGGGAGACGUUUUACGGGUGCUGCCCGGACGAAGUGACGGCGGCGGCCGGGCCGAACUUCCAGGGCUGCCGGCAGACCUUCGCUGCGGAGCCCGCCGGGGGACUGGACAGGUCCCGGUUCGAGGAGCUGUACGUCAGGAGCAGCGACUCUGCGGACUGUGAUUUCGAAGCGGGCCUGUGUGAGUGGCUACAGGCCGGGGACGACAACGUGGACUUCACGCGCGUGAGGGGACAGGCCCGCACGCUGCAGAACACGCUGCCUGUAGCGGACCAUACCACACGGACGGGUGCGGGCUGGUACCUGACGCUCCAGUCGCCCAUCCAGCCGUACUUCGCGCAGGCUGCCCGCCUGACGUCAUAACCUGACGUACGUGUG